AUGGCCGACGAUAACCAAUUUUUUGAUGCUUCGUCGAACUCGUCGCUGCAUCAGAAUCUCUCGAAUAACUCUCGCUCUAACCUGCCGCGUCGUUCUCUCUUCAACUCGUCGCCUAAUCAUUUCGUCCCAACCCCUUCUACCCCCACUCCUGCCCCCGCUCUCCUCACCUUAGACUCGUCGCGCGCUAUCGCCGGCGACUCAAGCACUCUGGAUUCCCCAUCAUCUCCGGAGGACCAUGUCCGUGCUACUAUCAACCGACGGAGAAUACCUCGCGUGGANAAGGAUGUUGAUGAUCCCAGUAACCCGGUCUCGUCUAGCCGCUACUCUGUCAACAGACAGCAGAGCACUACCCUCACUACCCUUAGUCGGCUGUUUGCUGUCCAGUCGGUAACUUCUCCUCCUGACUAUCGUCCUCUGUCCGACUCUCAACUCCCAAAUGGUCUUCCUGUUCCAUUUUCAGCUGCUGCUACUCGUGACACCGCACCCUUACACACUCAUCUCUAUAAUAGAGGUCUUCUAGGAGGACGACACUCGGACAUUACUGUUCAUGUCUUUGGCUAUCCCUACAAACUUCACCGCCUGAUUCUUGAUCAAGCGGCUUUCUUUGCUUCUGCUCUAUCUGGACCAUGGCUCGAAAGCAAAGCGAGCGAUAUUACCCUACAUCCUGAGGACAUCGAUACCAACAUCACUCAAGUCUCGUUCGAGUUGGCCCUAAAACGUCUCUAUGGCGCGGCUGUACCCGAGGAAGAAGAUUCUGAAGCAGUCAGUCUGUUCGCUACAGCGUGUUGGCUGGAGAUGCCUGAUCUCAUCGAUUCGAGUAUAGAGUCUAUGCUACGACAGAUGUCGACCGCUACUCUGGCGCCUCUCAUCAAGCUGGUCACCAGUAACUACUAUGGCCGAUCUGGAGAUAAGAUCCUUGCAUCAGCCAAGGCUAUGUUGUGUCGUGAUGGUUGGAAAAUGCCAACAAAGUUCUGGGAUGGCAUACCGGGUGAUAUCAUUCGGGAAAUUGUUGGUGGUGAUGGUUUCUUCAUCAAUGGUGAAUGGGAUAGGUGGGUACUUGCCAAACGGCUCCUGGAUCGCCAUCUCAAAACACUGGCUAUUGAAGCUGGACUGGUUGAUCCUGUCUCUUGGUUGAAAGUGCGAAAGGCUCCAGAAUCUGUCAACCUCAUGGCUGUAAGAUUUGACUCGGUCUAUCGCAAGAAUUCUAUGGCAGCUGGAGCCGCUCCUGAUGGUUUGCAUCGAUGGAUCAGCCUCUAUACUCAUCCUGACAUCGAGCCCCUACUGGUUUUGUUGGACGAGGGCAUUCACUAUAUCCACCUGGACUUUGAGCAGUUGCAGUACAUUCGCAGAGCUCGUGACGUCCUUGGUCUCCCUAUGAUGCCCGACAAGGUCAUAUCAAAUGCUCUCUGGAUGCAAAUGGAACUCCGUCANAAAGUCUUGAAUGCCAAAGACACCGAAAUGGAGCUUGGCUUGAGCGAAGGAAUCAGCGAAUUGCGAAGUCCUCAUCUGAGGGCGGCCUCCCUGACAGAGCCCUCACUCAAGGGUAAACAAAAGGCUGAUCUUUACGACGAAUUCGAAGAUAUCGACGAUGAGGACAUUGCUUCGAACUCUUGGGAUGGCAACGGAAAACCCCGAAAAUUCUGGAUCCCAUCAGCAGACUGUAAUAUCGUCAUGGGAGGAGCUACAGAUCCUGCAAUGAUGUCUGCAGCGAACACACAAUCGAAUCGUCUCUCUGCCACCAUCCAACCGGAAGACGUACAAUGGGCUUCUGACUUUGCCGCAAAUCCGUCAGACACCCGAUCGAUCCCUCAAAUCAUCCGACCCGACUCUGCUGCUGAUUCGAACACAUCUGAGUUGCGUCCCGUCAGCUAUUCUCACUUCCCUCCUUUCAGAUUCGCUGUUGAAUUCCCGAGUCCACGACUGCUCAAAGAGAAGAAGCGCGUGUACAGUCGUACCAUCUUCUAUUCAGGGUCUUGGUGGAAUCUAUACAUUCAGAAAGUGCGGAGGGGUAAGAAUCCUCAGCUUGGAGUAUACCUUCAUCGUGCCAAAGAGAGAGACACCGAGGAGACUCUAGCUGCCAGUGGACAAUCCGUACCGAACACGCGUGUGGACGAACGCAUAGGGCAUCUCGAGCGGGAGAUGAUGUUACGUGCUGACCGCCGAGCUGAAGAACGCCGACGUCUACUAGCCCGUAGACGUAGCGGCGAUGUUGCAGAUGCAGACAAUGCCGAUAGCAGUGGCGAUACUGAUCCCGACGCCACGGCUGCCGAUACAACACCGAGAUCCAGAGGCCUCGGUGGCUACCGCAAGAGCAGCGAACAGGAUGUAUUGUCUAAUUUUCCGACAAAGCCUGCAUACUACGACGAGCAAGAUUCAGACUUUGAAGACGAAGAUCCCGAGAUCGCAAAGCUCACACGCAGCAUACGCGUUCCAACACUACCACCCUAUGUUGAUAGCAGGCCAACCAUCAAGACCUACUUCAAAAUUUACUCGCCUAGUAAAGGUGGACGCAUGCUGAGUGUAUAUGAAAGUGCGCCAGAUACCUUUAAUUUCAGUCAGAGUUGGGGAUGGAAGAGCAGUACUUUGAUGCUUGACGACGGUAUGCUUGGCGAUGGCGACGAGGUUAACCCUGAAGCUGAACUCCCAGUGAGGGACGCAAACAAGUUACGAUUUAUGAUUGUCAUCGGUAAUGUUUGA